UGGGCGGGGAUAAGUCGGCCCAGCUCCGGAAGCUGCUGCUGCCCACCCCACUGACGUGUCGGGGCAGCGAGACGUGUCGCGAAGAGUCGCGGUGGAACUUACCUACGGUGUACAGAUCUGGCGCUUUACGCUGCUAGGCACUGCUGAGCUGGGAGAUGUCGGCUGCGGGCAGGGCGGAGCCCUUGGGUCCUCCCGGCAGUUUUGCGAAGCGGCUCCUGGUGACCGGGGGUGCUGGUUUCAUCGCAUCACAUGUGAUUGUCUCUUUAGUACAAGAUUAUCCGAACUAUAUGAUCAUAAAUCUAGACAAGCUGGAUUACUGUGCAAGCUUGAAGAAUCUUGAAACCAUUUCUAACAAACAAAACUACAAAUUUAUACAGGGUGACAUAUGUAAUUCUCACUUUGUGAAACUGCUUUUUGAAACAGAGAAAAUAGAUAUAGUGCUACAUUUUGCUGCGCAAACACAUGUAGAUCUUUCAUUUGUACGUGCCUUUGAGUUUACAUAUGUUAAUGUCUAUGGCACUCAUGUUUUGGUAAGUGCUGCUCAUGAAGCCAGAGUGGAGAAAUUUAUUUACGUUAGCACAGAUGAAGUGUAUGGAGGCAGUCUUGAUAAGGAAUUUGACGAAUCUUCACCCAAACAACCUACAAAUCCAUAUGCAUCAUCUAAAGCAGCUGCUGAGUGUUUUGUACAGUCUUACUGGGAACGAUAUAAAUUUCCAGCUGUCAUCACACGAAGCAGUAAUGUUUACGGACCACAUCAAUAUCCAGAAAAGGUUAUUCCAAAAUUUAUAUCUUUACUACAACACAACAGGAAAUGCUGCAUUCAUGGAUCAGGGCUUCAAACGAGAAAUUUCCUUUAUGCUACCGAUGUAGUAGAAGCAUUUCUCACUGUCCUCAAGAAGGGGAAACCAGGUGAAAUUUAUAACAUCGGAACCAAUUUUGAAAUGUCAGUUCUCCAGCUUGCCAAAGAACUAAUACAACUGAUCAAAGAGACCAAUUCAGAGUCUGAAAUGGAAAACUGGGUGGAUUAUGUUAAUGAUAGACCUACCAAUGACAUGAGAUAUCCAAUGAAGUCAGAAAAAAUACAUGGUUUAGGAUGGAGACCCAAAGUGCCUUGGAAAGAAGGAAUAAAAAAGACAAUUGACUGGUACAGAGAGAAUUUUCACAACUGGAAGAAUGCAGAAAAGGCAUUGGAACCCUUUCCAGUACAACCACCGUUUGUAUAGUCAAGACAGUUUUCAGAGAAAGAAGAAAAUUAUCCUACCUCCACAAGCCAUGGGAAACCAAGUGACCAAAAGGUGUCCUCUUUUCUUUUGGAAUUAGAUUCAUGACUUUUUGCAUAAAAUUCAAAUGUAAAACACCUCAAUCUUUAGAAUAGGUUUGGUGCUGGCAUAGGAUUUAAAUUUCAAGAUUCUUUCCAAAAAGCUUUCUCCUGAAAGUUAGGCACCAGAAGUCCUAGAAAGACCUUUCGUAGGAAGGGGCCAGGAAAAUGGAAUCUCAUGGUUCUGAGAACAAGGACCGAGCCCAGUUCUGCGCUGACGACAGCCUUCGCGGGCCCUGAACUCAGUUGCCCAACCUUCCCCACUGCCUACAAAGUCUCUCAAGUUUCCAUUUUUAGGCAACAUAGGAUGAGCUGUCUGUCCUCAUUCAUCUUUUUUAUUAAAGGUCUGAUAUGCUAUAUAAUUGCUUUAAAAGUGGAACAAUGGAAGCAUAUCUAGCACUUUUUAACUUUAGAUAAUUUUGUAAAAUUAAGUUAAAUGUUUUUUAAAAGAAGGAUGUAGUUUUUACAUUUUCAAAAUCAGUUGUUGGACUAUAUAUGAGUAAUCUCAUAGGAGAGAUUUUUAUCAUGUAUUUGCCAUUUAAAAUGAUUUUAUUUAUAAAAGUAUCACUAUUGUAACGUAUUUAAUGUAGAAUGUGGCUUUAUUUUUACUAAGGUAUGUUUUUAUUUUGCUGUAGAAAAAAAUUUUAAAUAUCUUGAUUAAAUACUUUUAAUUCCUCUCUCUCCUAAAGACUUUAAGAUGGCUUGAAAAAGCAGCUGACUGGAUAUUGCAUUGAGAAAGGGUGAGGAGUUCAAGGUUGUGCCCAGCUUUCUGGCUUCCGUGCAUGUGUGAUGACUUCUUUCCUCCGUGAGGUGGAAAGCUAGGUCAUUCACUCACAGGUGGUUAAAAGUAAGAGGGGUAAGGGUGGAGUAAGGGCCUCGAAGAGGUGGAGAUCGGGAAAAGAAUAAGCAGCUCCAAAGUUGGAAGAGGAUUUGCCAAGCAGGAGUGAAACACAAACUGAUGUUGAAUACAGUCAUUUCAGGAUUCUGAGAUGUGGGGGCACCUGGGUGGCUCAGUCAGUUAAGCAUCAGACUCUUGAUUUCGGUCAGAUCGUGAUCUCACAGUUUGUGAGUUCAAGCCCCUAGUUGGGCUCUGUGCUUAGUGUGGAACCUGCUUGGGAUUCUCUCUCUCCCUCUCUCUUUGUCCCUCCCCUGCUUGUGGUCUCUCUCUUUCUCAAAAUAAAUAAACAUUAAAAAAAAUAAUAAUUCUGAGAUGUGCAAAGUGGAUUGAUCCAGAGGUAGGCAUAGUAGGAGUCGGGAGGGGCCGAGGGGCAGAGGGCUAAGAAUAAGCAAAGAGUGAGACCCCCUAGUCCCGAUUGUUUAGGGAAGAAAAUUCCUCCUGGGGGUUGGCUGUAGCUAGAGGAAAUGGAGAGGAGACCAGGCACGGAGGUGUGGCAGUGAGAGGUUGGGGAGGCUGGGAAGUUACAGGCAGAAAAUGGGACCAACUGAGAGCAGAUGGUCUUUUGGUAGAGUCUGGUCAUUGAGAGUAGAUGACAAAAACACUGUUUUCUGUGGCAUUUAGUUUUGUACAUAUUUUUGUGUGCCUUUAUUCCCAACUUUAAUAUACUCAAUAUGGCUUAACUUUAUCAUUUAUUUAGUCUCAGGAGAUGACUGGACAGGCAUUAAGAACAUAUAAUGAAAAACCAGUGGAAACAAAUUUAUGCAAAAGUGUUAAAAAAAAAUGAACGUUCUACGUCAUAUGUCAUCAGAGAAGCGCAGAUUAAAACAAAAACUAGAUACCUAUUAGAAUGACCAAAUCUGGAACACUGACAGCAACAAAUACCGACAAGGGUGCGGAGCAACAGGAACUCUCCUACAUCUGCUGUUGGGAAUGCAAAAUGGUACAGCCACGUUGGAAGACAGUUUGGCAGUUUUCUUACAAAAGUAAACAUACCUUUACCACAUGAUCCAGCAUUCACACUCCUUGGUAUUUACGCCAAGGAAUUGAAACUAUGUCCACACAAAAACCUGCACACAGAUGUUUCUAGUAACAUUAUUCAUAGUUGUCGAGACUUGGAAGCAACCAAGAUGUCCAAUAGGUGAAUGGAUAAAUAAACUGGUGCAUCCAAACUGCAUGAGCUGUCCAGCCAUAGAAAGGACAUGGAGAAAGCUUACAUGCACAUUACCAAAUGUAGGAAGCCAAUCUGAAAGGAGCGUGCAGGAAACAUGCUGAGACAAAGUAACGCCUGUAACGAUAAAAGAGGAAGCAAGACUGGGCAGGAUAAUGGUGCUGGCUCGGGCUCUGCAGGCAGAAAGGGCAAAUCCAUAUGGAAAACAUUAUCUCUUGUGAGAAUAAACCACUGGCCCUUUCAGGAUGAAAAGGGCUCCAAUGGAAUCAACUUGCCACCAAGUACCUGAUGGCUUUCUUCAAGGGAUCGUGCCAUAUUGGGGCUCAGCCUUUGUCUGUUGCCAGCAGGAUGGAUGUGCAGAAGUGGCAGUGGCUAGAUUGGCCUUGGCUGCACGUGAAUUAGCAACGCCACCAGUGUGCUACCUGCUCCUGCUAACUCUGCCUGAUCAGCAGGACGCCAUCAGUUUGAUAGAUGCAUGUGACAUUCCACAGGACAGUCAGAAGGUCCAAGUCUCUUCAGAGAGCAGAACCAGUAACAGAGCCCUGAGGCAAAACUCUAAAUGCACCUGGUUUCUGAUAUUCUUUUUUGAUUGAGAUAGAAAAAACAUAUUCACUGGAUCAAUGGCUGGAUACCAUGUUCCAGGGACAGUAGAAUCUGUUCUAGCAAAAGAGAUGCCACAUGGGCCCAGCAGCUGCUGUGGGAGCCACUACUUGACUGAGCUGUCAGUUGUCCGCAGCCAUUUUUUCCAGAAUCCACCCAGACUGGUGAAUUCAAUGGAGAAUUGAUGGGGACCCAGCCCGGUUUCCUGAAAUCCUUCAGGGUGACACUCACCUUCACAGUCUCCUCCAAGUUGCGAUUUUGUUUUUGAUCUGCUGUCUCUGCGAGAGAAGGAGUUCGAGCUGUUUGGAAAAACCUGGGGCCCUGACACUUGGGAAGGGAACAUCUGGGUGGAUACCCAUAAAGAUUUCGACUCUUCUUUUAA